AUGAGCCUCGUGACAGAGAUUUGCUUCUUGUCACCAGUCGGAUUGUGUUUUGGACGGUUUCCCAACGUGUGCCCCACGCCAACAACAGACACAUGCUGCAUGACUGUGGACAAGAUGUCACCGCUGUCCGCAGUUCCUUCUCACGGAUCGGUCCAUACUCCGCUGGUUCAGGUUCACUCUCCAGACCGUCUACCACCUACCGGCUACCGGCUACCGUCUACCGUCUACCACCUACCGGCUACCGUCUACCGUCUACCGUCUACCACCUACCGGCUACCGUCUACCGUAUACCGACUGCCGUUUACCCAGUCUACCGUCUACCGGCUUCCGUUUACCGGCUACCGUCUAAUAACCAGUCUACCGUAUACCGGCUACCGUCUAAUAACCAGUCUACCGUAUACCGGCUACCGUCUAAUAACCAGUCUACCGUCUACCAUCUACACAGGCAACCGUAUACCACCUAACGUCUACCUAGGCUACCGUAUACCACAUAUCGUCUACCUGGGCUACCGUAUACCACCUACCAGCUUCCGUUUACCGUACCAUCUACCCAGGCUACCAUAUACCGGCUACCGUCUACCCAGGCUACCGUAUACCGGCUACCGUCUACCCAGGCUACCAUAUACGGGCUACCGUCUACCCAGUCUACGGUACACCGGUUACCGUCUACCAAGGCUACCGUUUACCGGCUACCGUCUACCCAGGCUACCGUAUACCGGCUACCGUCUACCCAGUCUACCGUAUACCGGCUACCGUCUACCCAGGCUACCGUAUACCGACUACCGUCUACCCAGGCUACCGUAUACCGGCUACCGUUUACCCAGGCUACCGUAUACCGGCUACCGUCUACCAAGGCUACCAUAUACCGGCUACCGUCUACCCAGGCUACCGUAUACCGCCUACCAUCUACCCAGGCUACCGUAUACUGGCUACCGUCUACCCAGUCUACCGGACACCGGCUACCGUCUACCCAGUCUACCGUACACCGGCUACCGGCUACUGUCUACCGCAUAUCGCCUACCGUCUACCAUCUAA